AUGAUUGAUAAUCUCAUAGAUCUAGUUAAGAACAAGAAAAUUUACAAAAUAAAAAAUCGAUGGAGCGGCAGACCGAAGAAUCGUACGUUAUAGCUAUACUCCUCUAUUUUAUUUAUAUUUUUAUAAACUACUACUUUAUCGAAAUCCUUCAUUGCAAAGAUUACAAUUAUAAAUAACGUGUCCCACUUCGUAAUAAUAUUCGAUAAUAUAGAAACGAAAUUUUAAAAUUGCCAUUGGUAAAUAUCGACAAAAGAACGGAAAUUAUUAUAUCAUUUAUCACGAAAUUCAACAUAAUCACAAGCACAAAUUAAGAUAGCUAUAACUACCAAGCAUCUAAAAUACGUACGGAUGACUAGCCACUUCUUAUUAAAAAUUUUACAACCUAUACAGUUAACGUAGGGAGGGAUAUGAAUCAUUGCAUACACGCCAUCCACUUCACAGCAUAGCAACCGAUAAUUUUCAAGCGAGUAUACUUUUCAACUUUUCUAAAACAAGUUCUACCGAACAGACGAAUCGAUCGGUAGAACAAGUACCUAAAAAACACGCGCAGGCGUUGCACUGCUCCAUGCAUCUCCCACUGACGCGCGGCUGCAUUCUAAUAACAACUUCACUCCGCGAUGUCGAACGAAGCAGUGAUCAUAGAGGCUGACCGCAACAGUGACUACUGUCUUCAAUUAAAUCGAUGGUUCUUGAAACCGAUCGGUGCAUGGCCAUCGUCUCCAUCCACCACAAGACUAGAAAAGAUAAUUUCGUUUCUUUUAAACACCAUUUGCUACAGCACCGUAAUUAUCACUACGAUUCCCAGUGUACUGCAACUGAUUCUGGAAGACGAAAGUAUUAACUUGAAAUUGAAGAGCAUAGAUUUCGUGAGUCAUUUAAUCGUCAGUAGCUUUACUUAUAGUGUGUUGUUAUUACACAAUAAAGACAUACGACGAUGCGUGGAACACAUGAAAACUGACUGGCGAGCAGUGACCAGGAAGGAGGAUCAACAGGUGAUGAUGAAGAACGCGAAAUUCGGUCGUUACGUAGCUGCUUUCUGCGCAAUUUUUGUACAAGGUAGCGUUUUGUGCUUUUGUUUCGUGACGGCACUAAAUACACUCGAGGUUCAAAUUGGAAACGAGACGAGAAUUUUACACGUGUUACCUUGUGCAGUAUACAAGAAGCUAGUAAACGUCGACGAAAGUCCAACAAACGAAUUCAUGAUCUUCUUGCAAAUUUGGUCUACUUUUAUCGCAAAUUGUAGUACGGUUGGGAUCUUUAGUCUUGCAGCAGUUCUAGCUGCUCACGCGUGCGGUCAGCUAAAUGUUGUUAUGUUAUGGAUUGUUGAAUUUGUGAAUGAAGCCAAAGUAGAGAGGAGAGCUGAUGGUUUUAUGGAAAUUGGAAUAAUCGUGGAACGACAUCUGAGGACAUUGAAUUUUAUAUCAUAUAUCGAGGGUGUGAUGAAUAAAAUCUGUUUUUUGGAAAUGUUAAGAUGCACGAUGGAUAUAUGUGUAAUUGGCUACUUCAUUGUGUCGGAAUGGGCGGAGCAUGAUGUUCGAAAUUUGACAUCAUAUUCUAUGAUGUUUGUUGCAAUCUGUUAUAACAUUUUCAUACUAUGUUACAUUGGUGAACUGUUAACGGAGCAGUGCAAGAAAAUUGGCGAAGUCGUCUACAUGACGAACUGGUAUUACCUACCCGGUAAAACAAUCCUCGACUUGAUUAUGGUCAUCGCACGAUCAAAUGUGGUCGUUCAAAUCACUGCAGGAAAAUUAGUUCAUAUGUCGGUUUAUACAUUUGGUAGUGUUGUGAAGACUGGUUUUGCAUACUUGAAUCUGUUGCAGCAAAUGACGUAAUAAAAUGAAAUCCUGGAAAAAUAUAUUGUGUUUUUAAUAAUUUAGUAUAUAAAGUACAAAAUAUACGUAAAUAUCGCAUAAAAUUUUGUAUGUUAAAAAUUAACAGGCUAGAAGUCGUAAAUUUCAAACAGAAAAAAUUCUUUGUUAUUUCCGCAUUUAAUUACGAUUGAAAUACAUCAAUAAUGAGACUACAACAAAAUUUGAAAUGAGAUCUGAUCAUGAUACAGGAAUCUAUGUCUAUGCAAGUAAAAUUGUCUCAAUCUAACUUGAUAUCUCUGACUUUUCGAUUCACACUCUCUGGCUUCUCCACUGACAUUGACUGUUCUAGCAUCCCUUUAUCUUUUCUUAGGCCCACCACGCACGUGUUCCACAACCGUUCGUGGCCAGGGUCACGUAAGCCUUUUCUACGGAACUAUUCAA